GAAAAAACUUCGUCUUCUAUUCCGUACAUAUCUCUCUCAAUUUCUCUCUCUAUCUGAAAUUUCGUUAUCAUACAGAGCUUCCUUCACUCUCAUAACUCUCAAUCUUUGAUUAUUAAUCAAACUCUUCUUUUUUUUCUUAUUUAUUUCAAUUCAAAUCCAAAUCUUAUUUAUUCCAUUUUUCCGUUAAAUAAAAUCGAUCAAAAAUCCAUUUUUGUUGUCAAUCUUGAUGAAUUCACCUAACUUUCUUGUUUAUGGCGGGAACUUCUGUAUUGGCGGGAAUAAGCUCUUGAAUUGAUCGUGAUCUUGGGCAGUUUUAUGCAUUUGGGUUUCGGUUUUUGUUUUUGUUUUUCUUAAUCUGUAAAUAAAUUAAAGAAUCUGUACUGUUCUUGUUCUUGUACUUGAUUUGAAUGAUCAUGGCUAACCCAUCUGGCAGCCAUCACCAACAGGAAGCAAAUCAUGCUUCUUCUUCAACUGCCUUUAAUGGUAAUACUAAUAUUAUUCACAAUCCAACUAAUGGGCAUGGGCAUGGGAAUCCAUUGAUGGAGAGCUCUGCUGCAAAUUUGAAACAUAACCCUGGUAUCUCUUCGGAUUGGACUAUGGAUGAGCAAUCAAUUCUUGAAGAUGGGUUGAAUCAAUAUGAUGGAGAACCAAACAUAAUACGGUAUGCGAAAAUUGCAGUGCAGCUGCAAAAUAAGACUGUUAGGGAUGUUGCAUUGCGCUGCCGAUGGAUGAGUAAAAAGGAAUAUAGCAAGAGAAGAAAGGAAGAUAAUUUAGCUAGGAAAAAUAAAGAGAAGAAGGAGAGAGUUACUGAUUCUUCAGUGAAGGCAUCUUCCUUCAUGGCUAGGCCGAAUGUUCAUCCAUUUGCAACUCCGCGGGUUCCUAUGGAUUAUGAUGAUGGCAUGUCGUAUAAGGACAUUGGUGGAGUCACAGGAGAGCUUCUUGAGCAAAAUGCAACAGCCUUGAGUCGCAUAUCGGCCAAUCUCUCGACUAUGCAGCUACAGGAGAAUAUCGGUCUCUUAUGCCAAACUCGUGACAACAUUCUGAAGAUUAUGAACGAGAUGAACGACAUGCCAGAAUUAAUGAAGCAGAUGCCGCCACUACCAGUCAAGAUAAACGAAGAGCUGGCAAAUGCUAUCCUGCCACCCCGCCCAAAUCGUCCCAUGAAAUGAUCAUGAUCUCUAUCAUGAUCUUUCUAGUUAGAGACGUAAUCCAGGCUUCGAUAACGUAGCUAGCUACCUAUAGACGAGGAAUAACCACCACCGUUACCCUGUUAACGGGUCAUUUUACAUUAGAAUGAAAAUGGCCCUAAAUUAGGUAAUCAAUUAUGCUGUAAAUCAUAGUGGUUUUCUUUUGUUUCAAACCUUUCCAUAGUUUGAAGAAAUGGUUCAUGCAAUAGAAAAUGACUUGGUUUUUAAUGUAGAAAUCAGGGAAUGUGAUGUGAUAAUAAUAAGUUAUCGUUCUUUUUAUUAA